AUGUUUUCCAGAACCACUUAUAAGCAUCUAUUAUACCAAAAGAUGCCUUUUUUUGGGCUCCAGGUGGCUCCGGCGCUCUUUAGCGGCUCUUCUAUAGGGGCACUUGGAGCCAUUGCGUGCCCCAUCACCAGCCCGGUCCUGGAAACACCUCCAGAAAGUCCGCGCUCAGUUUACCAAAACUCCGGGCGCGAAUCCAACUUUAGACGCACCUACGACGAGACCGUUACUCGGAAGCAAGGCCCUUGUGAUAACUGCGCCAUGACGCUUCCUCGCCGACAAAACUCUCCCAAGGCCCCCAGCGACAACACGCCGACGCUGCGGACGCGGGCACCAGCUGAGCGAGUCUACGGUUCGCCAGGCCGCGCAGGAUCUCCCCGUUCCCAGUGCUCUAGUGACACGGAUGGGGAUCGGGAUCUGCCGCGACGCCCUCGUGCGCGUACUUCUGCGCAGCCCGGCAGCUCCCGCACCACCUCGUGCUCCAGCAAUUCGACAACCUCGGACCGAGCUUCCUCCCAUGUGCACUACAUUGACUACACCUCGACACAUGAGCCAGUCCUAGGCCACUCAUUUUCUCUUAUCCGCGCGUCCUGCCUAAGGGCGCUCUCCUUCGAGACCUUGCCGCGCGCACCCGCCACAUCGAUUCCCAUCCUGCCACCGCCUAACAGCGCCCCGGCCUUUGUCACGACUCAAAGUGCGGGCUCCGCUGCCACUGGCGGGCCUAUUUUCUUCGGUGAUGCUGUAGCUGGUUAUACAACUGCCUACAUUUUCCGCAUUCCAGACGUGCAUGCUCGUGGGCACAAGCGCGUCUAUGCUUUCUUGGCCCUCAGCACACACAAGGAGCGACUGGCCAUGAAGACGUACACGGUCAUCUCCAACGCUUUUCGUGACCUGGCUGGAUGGAUUCAGCAGCUGGUCGAGGCCGAAGCUGAGCGUGUGGCCGACCCCUUGACCACUGGCAGCGCCAGCGGUAGUCUGGGCUCCGCGGAUGUGUCCCCUGCACCCCCCAGCCAAUCUGCCUUUGACUCUUCCGCGGCCGUGGACCGCAGUGCGAGUAGUUUUCUCACCGGCGGCAGCGGCUUCACUCGGCGAAUGGGCGGUAGUGGCAGCGCUUCGGCACUCAAGGCGCGUGGCCUGGCGGAGCUGGCUGGCCAGCCCGACAUUUUUAUCGAGUUGCAUAAGCGCUUUGUCCAGCUUUUGUUUGAAAUCGGUGUCGCGCUCAACUCUUGA